CAUGUGUGCGUUUCAGAGAGAGUGAGGGAGCAAGUAAGUGUGUGUUUCAGAGAGAGAGAGAGAGAGAGAGAGAGUGUGUGUGUGUGUGUGUGUGUGUGUGUGAGUGAGAGAGUUGUGGCAUGAUUUGUUUGCUGAUCGGAGCCAAUAGAAAGCUGGCAGUUUGAUCAGAUCCACAUGCGAGAGACGCAGAAGAAGCAGCAGACACACACACACACACACAGAUUUAUAGAGUCCGUCAGAGAUCAAACUCUCAGACAUACUGAAGACUCUCAGGGGCUGAACAUCCAUGGGCUUCUUCAUCAUCAUCACCUUCAUCAGUGUCUGAGCACACACUCCAGCAGGAUGAGCAGUAAGGUGGCGCUGUGUCUGCUGUUGGCUGGCGCUCUGUGUGUGGUCUCCGCCGCCCGCAAGAACCGCCCACAAAGCUCCGUCCCAUCACCCUACAAAACCAGCUCCAACACCUCUGACCGCCGCACGCGCAAACAAGAAGUGCUCGCCUCCAGCCAGGAAGCGCUGGUGGUGACCGAAAAGAAGUACCUGAAGAGCGACUGGUGUAAGACGCAGCCGUUGCGGCAGACGGUCAGCCAGGAGGGCUGCAGGAGCCGCACCGUCAUCAACCGCUUCUGCUACGGCCAAUGCAACUCCUUCUACAUCCCACGGCACGUCAAGAAGGAGCAGGAGUCCUUCCAGUCCUGUGCAUUCUGCAGGCCGCAGCGCUUCACCAGCCUCACUGUAGAGCUGGACUGUCCAGACCUGCAGCCGCCGGUCCGAUACCGCAAGAUCCAGCGCAUCAAGCAGUGCCGCUGCAUGUCUGUGAGCGUGUCCGAGUCGGGGAAACAGUGACAAACACACACCGAGGUCUUUCUGUAGAUGCUGCUGCUGCUAACCAGAGCUGAAGGACUGUGAACGCUCGGCUCCUGUAAACACACAACUCAUUCCAGAGGAGUUACAAAUGCUGGACCACAAAGACUGAUUACCACAACACAUGCAUAACUAGACUGAUCCUAGAGAUUCUAUACAAAUAUGGUACAGGAAGAUAUUAUAUAUGUAGAGAGAUACCUGAUAUCUAUAUUAAACUAUUGAGUUUUACUGUUGUCUUUUACUGUCAUCUUACUGUGAGUCCAAACACAGACUACAGGCUCUGGGGAUUCCAAGAAAAACAAAAGUUAGAAUCGAGUAAAUACAAAAAAUAAAAACAUAAUAAAAUAACAAAAAAUAACAAAGUCAGUAUUCUAUGAUGUAAACAGAAUUUCAAAAAAGCAGUCAGAAUGAUUUGAUUUUCCAUGAUUUAAAUCAGAAUUCGAAAAAUGUCAGUUCCAUAAUUUCAACUCAGAAUUCCAAAACAGUAUUCAGAGUUUCCAAAAAAAAAAACUAAAUUCCAUGACGUAAACACAGAAUUCUAAAAAAGAAGUCAGAAUUCCAUGACAUAAACACAAAAUUCCAAAAAAGGGUCAUAAUUUCAAAGUUAAAAUUGCAUAAUUAUAACUUAGAAUUCCCCAAAAAAGUCAGAAUUCCACGAUUUCAACUCAGAAUUCAAAAAAGGGUCAAAAUUCCAAAGUUAGAAUUCCCUGAUUUAAAGUCAGAGUUCCAAAAAAAAGUCAGAAUUCCAAAAAAGUCAGAAUUCCAUUAUUUAAAAUCAGAGUUCCAAAAAAGUCAGAAUUCCAUGAUUUCAAAUCAGAAUUAAAAAAAAAUAAAAAAAUAAAUAAAAAAUCCGAAUUCCACAAUGUAAACAGAAUUCCAAAAAAGGGGUCAGAAUUUCAAAGGUAAAAUUCCAUAAUUUCAACUCGGAAAUCUCUCCCUAAUUCUAAGUUAGAAUUCCAUGAUUUAAAGUCAGAAUUCCAAAAAAGAAGUCAGAAUUCCAAAAAAGUCAGAAUUCCAUUGUUUAAAAUCAGAGUUCCAAAAAAGUUAGACUUCCAAAAAAGUCAGAAUUCCAUUGUUUAAAAUCAGAGUUCCAAAAAAGUCAGACUUCCAAAAAAGUCAGAAUUCCAUGAUUUAAAAUCAGAAUUUAAAAAUAAAUAAAUAAAUAAAAAAAUCUGAAUUCCACGAUGUAAACAGAAUUCCAAAAAAGGGGUCAGAAUUUCAAAGGUAAAAUUCCAUAAUUUCAACUCGGAAAUCUCUCCCUAAUUCUAAGUUAGAAUUCCAUGAUUUAAAGUCAGAAUUCUAAAAAAAGUCAAAAUUCCAUGAUGUAAACACAGAAUUCCAAAACAGAAGUCAGACCUCCAUAAUGUAAACACAGAAAUCCAAAAAGGGUCAGAAUUCCAAAGUUAGUAUUCCAUGAUUUCAACUCAGAAUACCAAAAAAGUAUUCGGAGUUCCAAAAAAAAAAAAAAAAAAAAAAAAAAAAAAAAAAAAAAAAUCUGAAUUCCAUGAUAUAAACCCAGAAUUCCACAAAAGUCAGAAUUCCAUGACGUAAACACAGAAUUCCAAAAAAGAAGUCAGAAUUCCAUGAUUUAAAAUCAGAAUUCCAAAAAAUAAAUAAAUAAAUAAAUCAGAAUUCCAUGAUGUAAACACAGAAUUACAAAAAAGGGGUCAGAAUACCCCCCCCCCCCAGAGUUUUUUGGAACUCUGAAUACUUUUUUGGUAUUCUGAGUUGAAAUCAUGGAAUUCUGACUUUUUUUUUUUUUUUUUUGGAAUUCUGACUUUAAAUCAAGGAAUUCUAACUUAGGAAUUCUGAAACCUUUUUGGAAUUCUAAGUCAAAAUUCCAUCAUGUAAACACAGAAAUGCAAAAAGGGUCAGAAUUCCAAAGUUAGAAUUCCUUGAUUUAAAGUCAGAAUUCCAAAAAGAAAAAA